AUGGCUUCAUCCGCUAUUCCCGAAAUCAAGAACGUCGAUAUCGAUCCGAAUGGCACCUUCAAAUACAUCCUCAUUAAAGUCGGCUGCAAUGGUGCUGGAGAGAAACUGAUUGUACGUGGAUAUGCUGAAUGUGGAUAUCAUGGCAGUGCCCCAAGUGAGGCUUUAUUUAUUGGAGAUUUCUUACAGCUUACCACACCUAUAAGUUCAUCAUAA